GGGAGAGAGACAGAGAGCUGCACCAACACUAGGUGUCAGUGUCAAAAUGACCUGGAGGCAGCACGUGAGGCUUCUGCGUGUGAUCGCUCUGACAUUGCAGAUCGUUCGUUUGGGAAGCGGCUGUCAGAGACAGAAGCACCCAGGUGACAGAGAAGGCAGCGAAAUGGCAGCUCCAAAGCUGCAGGCGACAGCACUGAGCAGGACUCUGAGCGACUUGAGCAGGGACAGCGGGCGCGGGGAAGGCUGGAGGUGGCCCUACGCCUCGGGAGAGGCGCGCUGCUGCCGGAACGGGGGCACGUGCGUGCUGGGCAGCUUCUGCGUGUGCCCCGCGCACUUCACGGGCCGCCGCUGCGAGCACGACCGGAGGCGCAGGGACUGCGGCGCCGUGGGACACGGAGCCUGGACGUGGCGCGGCUGCCGCCUGUGCCGCUGCGCGUUCGCGGCGCUGCGCUGCCUCCCGCGCCAGACGCCGGGCCGCUGCGACCCCAGAGCCUUUCUCCCCGCCGGUUCCAGUGGACUGAGCAGGCAGGGAGCCCUGCGUUUUCUCUUCCUGCUGCCCUGCGCCUUCCUGCAGGUCACAGUCAACUGACAGAGCCUCCUCCGCCCUUGACUCCAGAAGGCACCGUGGCAUGCCAGCUGGAAACCCAGGACUUGGGCAUCUGCUCUCAGUUUCCAUGUUGUAGAUUAAUGGAGUUGCUUGUUCUGUCAUGAACUGAAAUAUCAGAUAAAUCCCCGUGUCAUGUAAUAAGCAUUUUCAACCAUGA